AGUUUGUUUAAAUCGUUGCAUUCAUUGCAUACUAUUUCCACUUUUAACAGCAAUUUGCUUAGAAAUGGGCACGAAGCGCCGCAAUAUCGAAGAUGAAUUGUCUCGAUUCGAAGCGGAGAUCUCCAAGCCUCCAUCGCGUAACCUCUUUGUUCCGAAUCAGGUGCGACCGAUAAUCGCCGCGAAUACAUUCAAUAACGUUCAGCAGAAAUUGCAACAAAACCAGCCUCCUCCAGCAGCUCGGCUAACGGUGCCACCGCCUCCAAUACCACCACCAACUUUUAUGUCUACUUUUGUGCCAACUGGCAACAAUGCAUCUACAGCACCUGCAAAACCUAUGUCCGCGACGCCAGUUGUGUUAAGCAGCGCUCCAAAGCUGUACCAAUGUCGGCAGUCGGUGCAUGUGCCAACCGUAGCCGCAGCACCACAUAUAGACAUAAAUACGGUACAGUUUGAUGUUACGCAAAAGCUGAAGAAGCUAAAAGCCGAAAAAUCUGGACCCAAUCCCAUUGCUGAGGAAGCUAUCAAAGCAGCGCGGGCCUCAUCAGCGCUACAAUCUUUUCAGACAACAGAGCGUAAAAAGAAGGAUCGUAAAACCGUUCGCAUUGCUGGCGGCAGCGUUUGGGAAGAUGCAUCAUUGGCAGAUUGGCCAGAUGACGACUUUCGAAUAUUUUGCGGUGAUUUGGGCAACGAUGUCAAUGAUGAAGUGCUAACACGUACUUUUAACAAGUACCCGUCAUUUCAGCGUGCACGCGUGGUUCGUGACAAGCGCACAGGCAAAAGCAAAGGGUUCGGGUUCGUGAGUUUUCGCGAGCCUGCUGACUUUAUACGUGCCAUGAAGGAAAUGGACGGGCGCUAUGUGGGCAGUCGACCAAUAAAAUUGCGCAAGAGCACUUGGCGGCAACGCAGUCUCGAUGUAGUCAAAAAGAAGGAGCGUGAGAAGCAGGUGCUGUUGCAGGCCUUUAACUCAAUGAGUUAAAUACAGCAAUUUCUGGAUUAAAUGACGAGCACUAAUCGUUUAGGCUAGUUUCGGACGCUUUGAAAUAAUAGUUUUAUUAUAGAGGAUUUGAAUUAAUAUUUCGAUGCUGCUGCUUGAGAACGAAUACAAAUUAAAAAAAAAAAAAAUAGAUGUUAAAUUUUAAAACCAUUUAA